ACACACACUGCUCUCUCUCUCUGUGUUUGUCUUGAUUAACUGAGCUGUCUCCCAGUGAGCUGCAGUAUUCUGUUUCUCUGCACCCUGGGGGGGGGACACAAUUGUUAUCUACAGCCUCCUGCCUCAACACAGCUUUGUUUUACUGGUUGUCUACAGCCUCCUGCCUCAACACAGCUCUGUUUUACUGGUUGUGAGCUACAGCCUCCUGCCUCAACACAGCUCUGUUUUACUGGUUGUGAGCUACAGCCUCCUGCCUCCAACACACCACAGCUCCUUUUUACUGGUUGCCUCCUGCUGAACGCAGCACUGUGGCCAUUUACUGGCUUUAAUGUGGAGGAAUGCUACUCUAUCGUCUGUCGGGGGAAUUAGGAGGCAUCUCUUGGGGCUGAGCAGAGGGACAAAUUAGGCUAUAUACUGUCUACUAGUGCAUAAACAGUGGAAUAUCCAGACACAGUGAAAAUAAUGACUGUUUACAAACCACUUGCAUAAGGAAGUUGCUUCUGCAAUUAAACAGUUUUGCUGAAGGCUACAGUAUAAAUGAUGCUUGUGGGAAUUGAACCUACAACCUCACCACACUCUUAACUCAGCCACACUGGACCACAGAGGUGUUGGUGAUGGGAAAGUCUGGACUGGAUCACAGAGGUGUUGGUGAUGAAGACCAGGAGUCUGGACUGGAACACAGAGGUGUUGGUGAUGAAGACCAGGAGUCUGGACUGGAACACAGAGGUGUUGGUGAUGAAGACCAGGAGUCUGGACUGGAACACAGAGGUGUUGGUGAUGAAGACCAGGAGUCUGGACUGGAACACAGAGGUGUUGGUGAUGAAGACCAGGAGUCUGGACUGGAACACAGAGGUGUUGGUGAUGAAGACCAGGAGUCUGGACUGGAACACAGAGGUGUUGGUGAUGAAGACCAGGAGUCUGGACUGGAACACAGAGGUGUUGGUGAUGAAGACCAGGAGUCUGGACUGGAACACAGAGGUGUUGGUGAUGAAGACCAGGAGUCUGGACUGGAACACAGAGGUGUUGGUGAUGAAGACCAGGAGUCUGGACUGGAACACAGAGGUGUUGGUGAUGAAGACCAGGAGUCUGGACUGGAACACAGAGGUGUUGGUGAUGAAGACCAGGAGUCUGGACUGGAACACAGAGGUGUUGGUGAUGAAGACCAGGAGUCUGGACUGGAACACAGAGGUGUUGGUGAUGGGAAAAUCUGGACUAGAACACAGAGGUGUUGGUGAUGAAGACCAGGAGUCUGGACUGGAACACAGAGGUGUUGGUGAUGAAGACCAGGAGUCUGGACUGGAACACAGGGGUCUUGGUGAUGGGAAAAUCUGGACUAGAACACAGAGGUGUUGGUGAUGAAGACCAGGAGUCUGGACUGGAACACAGAGGUGUUGGUGAUGAAGACCAGGAGUCUGGACUGGAACACAGAGGUGUUGGUGAUGAAGACCAGGAGUCUGGACUGGAACACAGAGGUGUUGGUGAUGAAGACCAGGAGUCUGGACUGGAACACAGAGGUGUUGGUGAUGAAGACCAGGAGUCUGGACUGGAACACAGAGGUGUUGGUGAUGAAGACCAGGAGUCUGGACUGGAACACAGAGGUGUUGGUGAUGAAGACCAGGAGUCUGGACUGGAACACAGAGGUGUUGGUGAUGAAGACCAGGAGUCUGGACUGGAACACAGGUGUUGGUGAUGAAGACCAGGAGUCUGGACUGGAACACAGGGGUCUUGGUGAUGGGAAAAUCUGGACUAGAACACAGAGGUGUUGGUGAUGAAGACCAGGAGUCUGGACUGGAACACAGAGGUGUUGGUGAUGAAGACCAGGAGUCUGGACUGGAACACAGAGGUGUUGGUGAUGAAGACCUGGAAAGCGGAGUGGCAGAAUGCGGGGCCGGGAUGCUGUCUGAGAGUUCUAUGAUUCUCACAGUGAACCGGUCUCUUUUUCAGCCCCUCACUUCUCUUCAGUCUCUCUCUCCUCUCCUCCAGCGGUCUCUAUUUUCAGCCCCUCACUUCUCUUCAGUCUCUCACUCUCCUCUCCUCCAGCGGUCUCUAUUCAGCCCCUCAACUCUUCUUCUCCAGCGGCCAUAAUGAUGAUGACUUCCUGUUCCUUCAGGGUCGUCAUCUGUGUUAUUACAAUGUGUCUUUUUGGAACCGUUCAGUCCUGCAGAUUACAACAUAAAGGCACACUGACAAUAGACAUAAAGCACCUGUUAGUAACUUCCUAUUUCACCUGCUGUACCAAGGCAAUCCAACCCCGUUCUCUGUGAGCUCAGGUGGAAUGGUGUGUGGGGGAUAUAAUGGGAGAGUCAUUUCAUGCUUGGUUUGUGAGCAGAGGUCUGGAGAGAGACUGGAGGGCGGUCAAAAUAGUGUCCCGCUCCUUCACAUAUGAAACCAUUCAUUGUAUAUUGGUCUCGUCUUGUUCCACUUUUCCUGAUUGGGGCUAAAGAAUGUUCCAGUCACCUUUUUUUUUUACAAAAGGACGACGACGACUAAUGCGGUCCCUGGAUUUCUCUGUGAGAAGCAGCAGGCUGUAACCUUGACAUUCAGCUGUCCACUAUAGAACAAGCACUACUAUUUCCAGCACCGGUUUGACUUUACUAGAGAGACCACCCUUUUGACUUUACUAGGGAGACCGCCCUUUUGACUUUACUAGGGAGACCGCCCUUUUGACUUUACUAGGGAGACCGCCCUUUUGACUUUACUAGGGAGACCGCCCUUUUGACUUUACUAGGGAGACCGCCCUUUUGACUUUACUAGGGAGACCGCCCUUUUGACUUUACUAGGGAGACCGCCCUUUUGACUUUACUAGGGAGACCGCCCUUUUGACUUUACUAGGGAGACCGCCCUUUUGACUUUACUAGGGAGACCGCCCUUUUGACUUUACUAGGGAGACCGCCCUUUUGACUUUACUAGGGAGACCGCCCUUUUGACUUUACUAGAGAGACCACCCUUUUGACUUUACUAGAGAGGCCACCCUUUUGACUUUACUAGAGAGACCGCCCUUUUGACAUUGCUACGGAGACCGCCCUUUUGACUUUACUAGGCAGACCGCCCUUUUGACUUUACUAGGGAGACCUCCCUUUUGACUUUACUAGGGAGACCGCCCUUUUGACUUUACUAGGGAGACCGCCCUUUUGACUUUACUAGAGAGACCGCCCUUUUGACAUUGCUACGGAGACCGCCCUUUUGACUUUAAUAGGCAGACCGCCCUUUUGACUUUACUAGGGAGACCUCCCUUUUGACUUUACUAGGGAGACCGCCCUUUUGACUUUACUAGGGAGACCGCCCUUUUGACUUUACUAGGGAGACCGCCCUUUUGACUUUACUAGGGAGACCGCCCUUUUGACUUUACUAGGGAGACCGCCCUUUUGACUUUACUAGGGAGACCGCCCUUUUGACUUUACUAGAGAGACCUCCCUUUUGACUUUACUAGAGAGACCGCCCUUUUGACUUUACUAGAGAGACCGCCCUAUUGACUUUACUAGAGAGACCGCCCUUUUGACUUUACUAGAGACCGCCCUUUUGACUUUACUAGAGACCGCCCUUUUGACUUUACUAGGGAGACCGCCCUUUUGACUUUACUAGGGAGACCGCCCUUUUGACUUUACUAGGGAGACCGCCCUUUUGACUUUACUAGGGAGACCGCCCUUUUGACUUUACUAGGGACACCUCCCUUUUGGCGUUGCUAGGGAGACCUCCCUUUUGGCGUUGCUAGGGAGAGCGCCCUAUUGGCGUUGCUAGGGUGACCGCCCUAUUGACGUUGCACAUUUUGCGUCGUCUGUUUUUGUAAUUUGCUUAUGUAUUAGUCUUUGUUUUCACUGUGUUUUUUCUCACUACGCUCUUCCUUCCUUGGAAUCAAUAUUGUAUGAUUUUCACCAUGUUUUAGAUGUCUUCUACAUUGUAAUGGGUAUCAUAAACUGGGUGGUUCGAGCCCUGAAUGCUGAUUGGCUAACAGCCGUUGUAUAUCAGACAGUUUACCACGGGUAUGACAAAACAUGUAUUUUUACUGCUCUAAUUACGUUGGUAACCAGUUUAUAACUU